AUGACCAAACCUCAGUCUUUACUUACACCUGAAAUUGAACAACAACUUAGCUAUCCAAAGUACUGGGAAAAGGAUUCCACAUUAUGGGGAAGUGUAGCGGAUUGGGAUCUUUAUUUUAUCAAUGAAAUGCCUGGCUUGUCAUGCGAUGCAUCACAUAAAACACUAGCGAGUGAACUCGAAAUACUUCUUAAGCACUUUUCUGAAAAUAGUCGUGAAUGGUGCAAAGCAAAAGCGAUUAGGAAACAACUGAAGCAAAGAAUCCCCGGCAAUACUAUUACCUCGGCGAUUUGGAAGGAGAAUCAAGAAGCAAUACUACGGGCUACAGUCGAAAAUAAGAUUAAUGAAAGUAUUAAUAAGCGUAAAAUCGAAGAUGUAGCGAGGAAUGUUACAAGUGCAACAGCAAAAGUUUGUUACACACUGAGUAGUUACGAGAUCCCAAAACGUACUCGAAUAGAUUACAAAGACUUAUAUUAUAAUGUCGAAGACAGUAACGAUGAGGAGGAUAUAGACCUUCCGGAGCAAUCGACUAGUGAAACAUCACCUGUGCAAUCAACCAGCAAAACAUCAUCUGUGCAAUUGACCAGUAAAACAUCACCUAUACAAUCGACUAGUGAACCAUCAUCUAUACAAUCGCAAUCAACUAAUGAAACAUCACCUAUCAAGGAUUGCCUGAAACAAUUCGAAGAAGCAUACUUGGAGUUAGAUCUCAAUCAUAUGUGGUUGCUAAAAAGUGGUCGUAAAGUAGAAGAAGUUAUUUAUAAAUUCGCCAGAAAUCUUCCUGAAGAGUCAUAUUUACACUCAUUCAUAAUCAACGAUAUUGAUGUGAUCACCAAAUCACUAUUUUCGAAUGAGGAGUGGAAGGAAAUCACAACUUCAGUAGUUAAGGAUAAACCAAAACUUGGGAAUCCUCUUAUAAACCUACUAAAAAAAUACACCGUUGAUAAUGUUGAAAGACUACGGGAUGUUCUUUUCGAACCAUUUAUACCAGAUGGAUGCAAAUAUGAUCGAAAACAACAUUUUGAUCUUGAUUUUGUUAAUAGUGCAUAUCGAGGACUUCUACGUUUGUGGGAAAUGGAAGAAAACCCUAUUACUGACUCUUUAUUAGAAGGCUGGUAUGAAAUGAAUAUGUGGAGUCGAAUAAUUGACCCAGCUUUUGACAAUCUCAAUAUUGAUUUAGUGCGUGGUGAGGGUAUGAGUCAUGCAUCAAGUGAUAGGAAAAAUCUUACCAGGGCAACAAGUGAUCGUAAAAAGCUUGGUCGAAAAGGUGAUGGUGUGUUCAGAUUACGUAAGGAUCGUUUAGAAUUUGGUGCUAUAGAAGCAGGUAGAAAAUGGGAAGGAAAUAGUGGAACUAAACAUAUGACAGAUUCGUUAAAAAUCUGUAAAAUGUUAAAAGAUAUGUUAAACCAGCUUGCCAUUGAGUGUGAUAUGAAUGAAGAUCUCGUGAGGAAAUUACAAGUAGUCGGAAUACUUAACGGAGCAAACAGAAUUCAGGUAAUGAUAGUCGACCUUCCUAAGGGAUACAUUACUCGUAUUCAACGCAGAAAGGUCUAUGAAAUUGCUGGCCGUCUGUCAAAAUCUAAACCGCUUGCUUUUGCUCUAAAAGAAAUACUUUGUGCGAAAUCUAUUAUCAUGCAGACGUUCGAUAUAAUAAACAAGAAAGACGAUGUUGAUCUCGAGAAUUUUCUUGACGAUUCUGAUGAUCAAGAUGGAUAUCACACACCUCCUAGGACCAUUGUAUCAAAGACAUUUGUGACUCCAAAGAAAGAGGGUAUUAAAGAUGUGAUUAAUGAAAAUAAAAAGAAGUAA